AUGUCAUUGCAGGGUCAUUUGGGGGAUCUUGCAUCCUGGUUAACGCUACUGAUUUGCUGUCUUCCCAUAAUUGUAUUUUUUCCUCGUUCUCGCCAGAUCCGUCCAAAGGGAUGCCGACGACUCGGUCUUCCACCGGGUAAGAGCAAUCUACACGAUGAAUUUGAACCCAAAUAUGGUUCUGGUGUUCCACCGACAGAGAAAGAUGGGGAUCUCCCUGCGUGGCGUAUCAAAGCCCUCUUCGCAUAUCCGCUGAAAUCAUGCGGUGGCAUUGAGCUACAGACAUCCAAUAUCGUGGCAACCGGCCUCAAAUUCGAUCGCCAAUUUGUCUUCGCCGAGCAUGGCACGGACGGCUGGAACACUCGUACACUCCGCAAUGCAGGCUUUCAGCGUCUCGCUCUCAUCCAUACAGAGAUUUGGAUCCCUGACCCCUCUGCACCGGACUACGAUCCCUUGCUCCCCGAAAUCAAAUCACAGGGCGUCAUGAUCAUCUCUUAUCCUCGUCCUCAGCCACAAGGCCGGGUGAGAAUGAUGUGCACAAGAAUUGGAAUGGCUAUCGGCAUUCUCAGAUGCAGAUACUCGUUCGAAGUUCCCCUUCUCCCUUCACAAGACUCAGUCUCCGAGUAUCCGCUUCUUCCCGUCAGAAUAUGGAAGGACAAACCCCUAGCACACGACUACAGCGCCCUCCUUCCAGCGUCUCUGCACACAUAUCUAGGGUUUAAUCCGUCAGCCUCUCCACUGGCUCUCUUCCGUGCAAGUCCUGAUCAUACCCGGCAAAUCUUCCGCAACGCACCCCGCAAAGAAUUACUAGGAUUUCAGCCCAAUACCGCGUUUGCAGAUGCUUAUCCUAUCCACCUACUCAGCCUUUCAAGCCACAGGGACGUUGCCUCCCGCUGUGCUUACGCAAUCCCAAAGCUGAGCAUCGUGCGUUUCCGCGCAAACAUCAUCGUCCAAGGACCCGGUGCUUUUGCUGAAGAUCACUGGAAGAGAAUCUCGAUUGGCGGUGUUGAGGUUCACGCUGCUUGUCGGACAGUGCGGUGCAGGCUACCAAAUGUGGACCCUGCCACAGGGGAGAGGCAUGCUGCGGAGCCAGAUCGUGCAUUGAAGUCUUAUCGGAAAAUCGAUGAUGGUGACCGCACCAAUGCAUGUCUAGGGAUGCAACUUGUGCCUGCCAUCGAGGAGUUUGUUAUGAAUGUUGGGGAUGAGAUCACUGUGUUGGAGACUGGUGUGCAUCGGUAUAUUAAGAUGCUGGCACCGGGGGAGAAGGUAGAGGGAGUUUAA